AAGGCUUCACCCCCACACCCGCACACGGAAUCAACGCAAAUAUGGCCGCGACGCGACUCUCGCUCAACACCGCCAGCUUCGCGCCCUCGCGCGUCGCUCGCCCCGCCGGACGUCGCGCCAUGAGGUGCAACGCCGCCGCCAAGGGCAUCCAGGGCGACGGAAAGGUCCAGCUGUGCAUUUCCAAGGAGCAGUUCGACGCCAUCAACGACAAGGCCGGCGACUCGCUGGUGGCGGUGCAGAUCUCCACGAAGACGUGCGGCCCGUGCAAGGUCGUCUACCCCUACUUCGCGGGCCUGUCCGAGGAGCUCCCGGCCGUGAGUUUUGUGAAGAUCAUGGGCGACCACGACGCGGACACCAGGGCUCUCAUGAAGGAGUGGGGCGUGCGAGUGGUGCCGCUGUUCAUGCUGUUCCGCAACGGCGAGAAGGUGACCGAGUGGUCCGGUGCCAAGCCCGAGGUGCUCAGGGAGAACGUCAUCGAGGCGUGCAACGACAAGGAGAAGGCCACCAUGGUCACCGCGUGAGGCGAGGCUCGCGGCGGCGAUUGCUCAUCGGCGAAUGAUUGAUUCGACGACGACGACGCGCGCCGGUGAAAACACACGUAAAGAAAGCGGUUGACAGAGACACCCUGUAUUAGUACCAAGUAAGACCCGC